CGAGGAGGGCCAGAAGAGGCUGCGCCUCGCAGAGCUGAAGAACGGCCGCCUGGCCAUGAUUGGGUUCGGCGGCGCCGUCACGCAGGAGCUGGAAAAAUCCGCCGUGCACCUCGGGGUCUUCCGAUCCCGGAAGCUGGCGAACGGGGAGAUCGAGGAGUUCGUGACGUGCCAAUGCCGCCAACACGAAGACGAUCACAAGAACGAGUGCGAGGUCAGCAUACACUUUGAAAUGCGGCGUGGGUACGUGUACCGGACCGAGCGGGGCAAGCACGAGAAGAACGCAUCGGCCUCCCAAGUCAGGAAGGCGACCCGCGAGGAUCUAGAGCUCGAGGCUGAGUUCUUCGGCGACUCCGGCGAGGAUUUGGAGUUCGAGACGGAGCUCUUCGGCAGCUUCAGCUCACCAAAGGCGGCCAUCGAUAUCGAUUUGGUUUGCGACCCAGAAUUGGCGGCGGAAUCCGCCUUAAAUCCCAUCAACAUCGACUCAAAUUCGGAUGCCUUGCGCAUGCAAUUGGCGAUCGAAGACAUCAAUGGUAUCCAACGGCAACACGUUACCCACAAAAAUGGCCGCAUCUAUGUUCCAUAUUGCAUUUAA